AUGACAAAAACUAAAAUAGUAUCACAAAAACUAGUGUUAUAGUAGAUAUAUCUAAACCGUCAAAAAAUAUGUAAAUCUUAAAUAAAUUGGAUAUUAAAUAGUAUUAGGAACAAGAGAAAUUUUUAAUAUAUUUAAGUCUUAAAACGGUAACCACCACAUAGUAUUAAUGAGAAAUAAAAUAAUUUCUAUUAAAUAAUAAAUCAAUUCAAUAUUUUCAUUACCUAAAGAUCAAAUAAUGUUAAAUUUUUUAAUACAAUGACAUUACACUAGCUACAAUUUCAAUCUAUAAACAAAUAAAUGGAUUCUGACAUCAAUUGUUGGAAUCCAAUAUGA